AUGAUGCGCGCUCAUGGACUACAUAUGACCUACCUAUGUCAGUCCCAAGCCCGUUCAAUUGCUAGACCUGACAUAUUCCCACCAUAUCGUUGCCAUGUACACAGGACCAUCUGCCAUCAUGCCCGGCGACCGUCCACGCUUCUCCCCAAGGUAACUUGUUACUCGGUGCCGCUGCGAGGCGCCAAAACGAAGACUACUGUAAAGUUGAAAGAUCUGCCCCAGGGGGCUUUGAAGCUGCAGCCUUAUCAGGAGGUGGUGGAUGACGCCCCCAAAUAUCCGGCUGUUGUCCAAGGACAUUGGAACAAUAUGCAGAAGUUCAAAAAUUGCGUGAUCUUAACUAGAGUAGGCGGCUUCUACGAGCUCUAUUUUGAGCAAGCUGAAGAGUUCGCCCCGUUGCUCAACCUUAAGCUUGCCUCCAAAAAGACCAGUGCCGGCCCUGUUCCUAUGGCUGGUUUUCCCUUCUUCCAGCUAGACCGUUUCCUAAAGAUUCUUGUUCAGGAUCUGAACAAGUAUGUGGCUGUCAGCGAGGAAUUUCCGAAUGCCGCAGAAGACAAGCUCCGAUCCGGCGGUCUUCUCUUCGAUCGUAAGGUGGCCAGAAUCAUCACACCUGGCACAUUAAUCGAUGAGAAGUUCAUGGAUCCUUCCGAAAAUAACUUUUUGUUGGCAGUCUACAUUGAUAAAUCUUCGCUGAAGGAGCAGUUGAAGCAACAGGAUGCCUCAUCCUCGCAACAGCACGUCCUAUUAUCCGCAUCCCAAAACGUAGGCUUGUCCUGGUUGGACCUCUCCACAGGCGACUUCUUUACGCAAGUAACUACAGCACAGAUGCUACCGUCUGCUAUCGCCAGGAUUGGCGCCCGAGAGAUACUCGUGGACCAAGGUCUCCAGGAUGUAGUCGGACAGGAGCUGCAGUUAUUGAUUGGACACGACCAACGAUUGAUGACUUUCUUCCAAUUUCCGAAAAAGGUUGCGCCCAUGGCCCGAUGGGAAGCUAUGCUUGAAGCCCCUGUAUUAGACGCCGCCGCAGAAACGUUUACGCGUGAAGAAGUUGCCGCCGGGUACAGUCUCUUGGAGUAUAUCCGGGUUCAAUUGCAAGGCUUGAAUAUGAAGCUUCAGCCUCCUCGUCGCCGACACUUGGACGAGUCAAUGAGCAUUGACCGCAAUAGCUUGAGAGGUCUAGAAAUACUGGAGACUGCCCGUGAUGGCUUUGGGAAAGGAAGCCUACUUCAUGCAGUGCGGCGGACCUCUACCAAGAGCGGAGCACGUUUGCUGAGAGACCGUUUAACGUCGCCUUCCACUUCUCUAUCGAUAAUCAACGAACGGCUUGACCUUGUUUCGAUAUUCAUCGAAGACCGUGAUCUGCACGACAAUGUGAUUCAGUUUCUCAAACGCAGUUAUGAUGCCCAACGUCUAGUUCAGAAAUUCACACUUGGUCGGGGUGACCCUGAUGAUUUGAUCUGUCUUUCAAGGGCAAUUGAAGCCUCUAAAGAAAUCCGACAAGUUCUAUCAAGGAAGUGGCAUAGCGAGAUUGAUAGUCAAACCAAGCGCAGCAUUGGAAUUAUGGUCGACCGAAUUCACAUGGAUGGGCCUACAGUCUUAGCUGACAAAAUCCUGGCAGCAAUUGACGAGGAGGGUCUGCUGCAGAAGCAGCGCAUUGAAGACGACACAGCUGCAGAGGCAGCACUUCUAGCACAGUCUGUCACUCUGAAUGAGGGUAUACCAGAGGACAUGGCUGCACUACCGAAGAAAGUCAAGACAAAAAGUAGUGAUCGAUCUAACGCAGCUGCGGAUGAGGGGACGAUUGCCGAUACCUGGAUCAUGAGACGAGAUGCAAGCCAAGCUUUAAGUGAACUUCAUCAGGAGUUAGAGCAAUUACACACAGCAAAAUCAGAGCUAACACAGCGUCUCCGCGAGUCGGUGGGUUCAUCUGCGCUAACACUCAAGUGGACUCCGGGAUUGGGUCACAUAUGCCAUGUCAAGGGGGCUAAAAUCACCCAAGAAUCAUUGGAGGAACUUGGAGUAACACGAAAUGUCUCGGCCACCAAGUCGACGAGGUCGUUUUACUUACCAGCGUGGACAGAGCUAGGCGGUCAGAUAGAUCAAGUGAGGGCUCAGAUCCGUCAAGAAGAACAAGUGAUCUUUGAGCAUCUGCGACGGGAGGUCAUCCUCAAUCUUGUCAAAAUCCGACGAAAUGCAGCCGUUAUGGACGAACUCGACGUCGCAUGCUCAUUUGCCACAUUGGCACAGGAACAGCAACUAGUGCGCCCGAUCCUCAACGAAGGCACGAGUCACAAGAUUGUGGGCGGACGUCAUCCCACAGUCAAGCUUGGACUCGAGGAGCAAGGCCGACGGUUUGUCAGCAAUGAUUGCUUUCUCGGAGGCCCAGAGCGUAUAUGGCUUGUGACCGGUCCCAACAUGGCAGGUAAAAGCACAUUUCUGCGACAAAACGCACUCAUCACUAUCCUAGCCCAGGUCGGGUCAUUUGUCCCUGCAGCGUACGCAGAGAUUGGCUUGGUUGACCAGAUCUUCAGUCGCAUCGGAGCCGCUGAUGAUCUGUUCCGAGACCAGUCUACAUUCAUGGUGGAGAUGCUGGAAACAGCAGCUAUUCUCAAACAAGCAACCUCGCGCUCGUUUGUCAUCAUGGACGAGGUCGGGCGUGGGACCACGCCAGAAGACGGAACUGCCGUCAGUUUUGCAUGCUUGCAUCACCUGCAUUAUCACAACAAAUGCCGGACACUGUUUGCGACACAUUUCCAUAUCCUUGCCGACAUGACUCACAACUUUGACACCCUCGGCAGAUACUGCACCGAUGUCAAAGAAUCCGCUUCUGGAUCAUUCUCAUUCGUCCAUCGACUACGCAAAGGUGUAAACCGCGAGUCGCAUGCAUUGAAAGUUGCUCAAUUGGCCGGACUACCCAGGGAGGCCAUUGAACUGGCAAAGAGCGUGCGUCAACGAUUUUCUAACCACAACAACAGCCCACAAUGGGAUGAGAACUCGGCACCAAAACAUACAGCAAAGGGAGCCUGA